GUUAUUAUCUGUUUCCGGUUUGAGUUGAUUCGUUCACAGAGUUAAAGUCGAGCAGAGAACACUUUGAUCCGAUCAGAGAACAAACAGGUAAUGAUAACUCGGUCCUUUAUUCGACCAAUCACAUAGAGGUACGCCCUCUGACGUCACCGCCGUUCUCUUCCACCAAAGAAAAAAGCAACACAGCUGAUCAUAAAGUUUAAAGAUCAUCAGAGAGCUGCAGACCAACCAUGCUGUGUGUAGUGGUGUGUGUGUGUGUGUUGGGUCUCUCCGGUCUUGUCCACAGCGGACCGUCUGUCCUGAGGAGCUCUGAUGAACUACACCAGAACCUGGACCCUGAAGUUCACAUGAACAUCACGGAGAUCAUCCGUUAUUGGGGUUACCCUGCAGAGGAAUACGAGGUUCUGACAGAGGACGACUACAUCCUGACCGUCAACAGGAUCCCACACGGACUCAAACACUCAGCAGGGUCUAGAGGGUCUGGAGGUCCGAGGCCGGUGGUCUUCCUCCAGCACGGUCUACUGGCUGCAGGCAGCAACUGGAUCACCAACCUUCCAAACUCCAGUCUGGGCUUCGUGCUCGCCGACGCCGGCUACGACGUCUGGAUCGGAAACAGUCGAGGAAACACUUGGUCCAGGAAGCACCGGACCCUCAGACCGGACCAGGAGGACUUCUGGAGGUUCAGUUAUGAUGAGAUGGCUCUGAAGGAUCUACCAGCUGCUGUAAACCACAUCCUGAAGGUGACGAGUCAAGACCAGAUCUACUACAUCGGACACUCUCAGGGAACCACCAUAGCAUUCAUAGCGCUCUCCACGCUGCCGGAACUGGCCAGUAAGAUCAAGUUGUUCAUCGGUUUGGCUCCUGUAGCGACCGUUAGCUUCACCACCAGCGCCAUAACCAAACUAUCUGUGCUGCCCGACUUCCUUAUCUGGGACCUGUUUGGUAGGCGGGGCUUCCUGCCUCAGAGUCACAUGAUCGAGUGGUUUGCGGAACAUGUGUGUGCGAAGCAGCUGCUCAGUGAGUUGUGUGGAAACCUUUUCUUCAUCCUUUGUGGAUUCGAUGAGAAAAACCUCAACAAGACUCGGAUCCCAGUCUACACUGAACACUGUCCUGCUGGGACCUCAGUCCAGAACAUGGUCCACUGGGCCCAGGCGGUUGAUGGAGGGAAGCUGAGUGCUUUUGACUUUGGAGCUGCAGGAAACAUGAAGCACUACAACCAGUCCACUCCCCCUGAGUACCGGGUCCAGGACAUGAAGGUUCCCACCGCUCUGUUCUCAGGGGGACAUGAUACGCUGGCAGACCCCAAAGACGUGGCGGUCCUCCUCACUCAGGUGUCUAACCUGGUCUUCCAUCAGAACAUUGAACAUUGGGAUCAUCUGGACUUUAUUUGGGGUCUUGAUGCUCCUGAACAGAUGUUUCCCUCCAUCCUGAAGCUGCUGCAGGAAUAUAAGUAGAGUGUCUGUGUGUGUGUGUGUGUGUCUCUAUCGGUCUGUGUGUGUGUCUAUCUGUGUGUGUGUGUGUGUGUGUGUGUGUUAAACUCGAAUAUAGUCAGUGUGGAUUCAAACUCCUCAUACACACCAAUGUCAUCACUGUAAUCUGUAACACACCUGAACACUUCCUGUUUGUUGAUUGUUUUAUUUUUAAUGUGACCAGAACUUUCUACUUCAAACAAACCAGUCUAGAUUGGUUUUCUUCAACUUAACUCUUAUUUUGAAAAUCCUCCUCACAUAAACAUGUGAAGAAGCUCAGUGAAUCUGCUGAGAGCUGAACUUUGUAUUCGUUGUUUUUAGCUUCGUUAGCAUUGUGGCUAUAAGAUGCUAACGUUAGCAUCACCAAAUGUUGAUCACAUUUUAAAAUAAAUAGAUUUGUUUGGUGUUCAUCAAGUAAAAGACCUGUCUAUCAAUGUGGGAGGGGCAGCAGCAUCCAAUCAUGAGGCUUGAAUUGUGGUGGGUGGAGCUAAACUUUUAUUUAGAGGUUAAAAUACUUUACUUUUAUUUCUGCUAAAUAUGAACCAGAUCGUAAACUCAUAAACACAAUCACAGAUUUUAUUGAUGAAGUUUAUUUUGAAAUAAAAAGCUGAAUUUGUAAUGUAUCAGAUGAUUCUUAUCUACAAACAUGUUCAGAUUGUUCCCACUCAUCUUUAUUCAUCUUUUAUGUUUCAUCUUAAAGACAGUCUUUGUGCUAAGCUAGGCUAACGUUGUUGUUUAAUAAACA